AUGGCGGAUUUCAUGGAAGAUGUUGGAGUCGGCUAUUAUCGAUCACUGGAUCCGCCAAAAAACUUCGCAGUAAAGUAAGAACUCUAAUUCCAUCCAGUAUGCUUUUAUAUUUUACGUGUAGUUUUACGUGUAUUCUGAAGUUUAGCCGGUAUUUUUAAGAUGAGAAAGCAAUGCUCAAAAGUUGUUUUCUAUAACUCAUGGCUGGCUACACUUCUUAGGGUAAAACUUCGACGAGUGACAGCUGCGAGUUAUCUUCCGGAGUUUAAAAUUGGCUCACAGCAAAAUAUCAAUAAUCUUGAAGGAGCUGAAGUUGCUGGUGAGGCACUUGAGAUGGCAACUUUACGACGAGGUAACGAGUCAAUUCAAAAUUACUUGAGACUUUUCUUGAUCCUCUUGCAAAUUUAACUGGUGGGAAUGGCUGUAUUGUAUUAGGAUUCCAUAAUUAUUAUGGAAACCUAAAUGUACAAAACAUAAUUAUACAUCGUUCAGUUUUAGCUAGUUGUUUUCUUCAUCUUCAUGCGCAUCCUUGCAGAUAUAAACAGCUGAUCCAUCUCUGUUAUGAACUGCAAAACAUCAAGAAAGUCAGGCAGGUCUGUCAGCAAGUUUUGAAGCUGGUGGAGAAAUUAGAAAAGAAGCCAUAGAUUUAGCUUUUUCUCUUGUUUACUGAAUUUAUAGAUAGAUAGACAGAUAGAUGGAUAGAUAGAUAUUCUGUUUAUUUCACCCACUUUCAACAAUAAAUGAAUUGUUGGGAAAGGUCAUUGUCACAUACAAUUAACCAUUUACAUCCAUUCACUGACAUUUAUAAGUUACAAAAUCAUUAAUUCUUCUGGUAUGACCUUGUUGACGUCUUGGAAGUUGGACCCUUAUACUGUAAUGAAACUUGAUAGCGGCUGGGGAGGGGAUGAUGUUCUUAAGGGGGGACAUUUGGCGUGCAGUAGCCAUAAACCGCUUACAAGCUCCUACUCUCCUGUCACUAAGAGAUUCCAGGCUGGCCUAUACCACUAUCUGAGACUUCUUUUCUUUCAUAGGCAGAUUUAGCAUAGCUUUUUUUUUUACCCUUUACCCAAAGGUGGUUCAAGGUUAAAAUGCAAAGGUUUUUGUUGUAGAAAGGGUAUUUAUCUGGGGUCCUUUUUCACUUUGCCAAACCAAACAGUCAGCAACUAGUGGAAUUAUCAAGGGAAAAAUAGAACGUCACUGUUUGAUUGAAACAAAGCUUCAAAAUGGAAUCAAAGCGAUCUAUUUGCAUUUCAACCGAAAUUUUGAUUACCGUGUAGCAAAGUACAUGUAGGACUGGAAGCAAGAAUUUUUUGGUAAUGGAAUAGCAAGUUUUGGUUGGACUGGACCAACCGGUAAAAGAGGACCACUUCUGGAGGUGGACCACUUUGACUGGAAAAUUUCCACAUAAAUCAAAGUGUUCCACUUAUUUUUCGAAAAUUUCCAAAAAUAUUGGCAUAACGAAAAGCACCCCUAGUUUGUUAUGUCCUAAGGAGGGGCUGGUCGUUUAUUACCAGUGAGGGUGGGGUGGCCCUUUUGAGAAUGCUUAAAAGAUUUUCAAAACAACCCCUGACUUCAUCCUUGCUCUUUAGAAAUGACCUCCCAUAAAUUUUACAAAUUGUGAAAGUGCCCUCCCUCCUAUCAAUUAUUGCUGUGGAAACUACCAAUAUUCUAACUUAGAAUUAUGCCAAAGUUCAUCUCAUACUUAUCUUAAACAGUGUUCUCCUUAUCUGGCGGUAACCGGUAAAAUUUACGGCCUGCAACUGCUUGAAGGUUUACUAAAAUAAAAAAAAGUAGCUGCAACUGCUUGAAGGUUUACUAAAAUAAAAAAAAGUAGAUUUAAAAAAAAAAUGAAGUUGUGAUCCAAUCCGAUUCUCACAAGGAAAAUGAAUAAAUAUAUAUGGAAAAGAACUAAAGUAUACACAGCUUUUCUUUUUAUGGACCACACAUUUUGGAAAGAGAACAGUGAAGACAGAGUAAAUUAUUGGAAUCAAAUGUUUUAAAUUGUUGUCUAAAGAUAACAACGGCUGGUUUGUGUAAAAUAGGUCUUAAAAUGAGGGAAUGACGUUUCAGAGAACUUAGCUCCUAAAUUUCCCAGCAAGGGUGGGCCAUGUCCCCCACUCCACUACUCCCUUCCCCCCCAGGGAAGUUCACCUCUGGCGCUAUUUUUUGCCCUGGUCAUGAAUGGUCCCUUACCUCCUGAGCUAAAUUUUAGGGAGAUCACUGCUACAGUCAUGUUUACAAGACUGGUGUUUACUGCUACGGCUGUUAGAGUUAAUUUCAUUUCACACUUGUUUACUGCUUCUCAGCUCUAGCUACCUUCAUGAAUUUAUUUAAAUCAUCCCCCAGGUAAUCCCCCCCCCCGAAAAUGACACCCCAAACCAAUCAGAUUUUGAAAAUGACCCACCAGCGGAAUGUCCCCUGCCUCCCCCCAUCAGAGCUAAUAAACAAUCAGUCCCUUAACCAUGUCAGGUUUUCAAACCCCAGUUACCCCAGAGGAACCCCCAGAAACCAAACUUUAUCAGGCACAUCUUCCCAUUGUGGUGAUGCACUGACCAUUUUUUGUUGAGACCACCAUGUCUUCAGAAGCAUGUGAUAAGUUAUAGGAGUUUAUUUUUUAGACCAAUAACUUUGAUAUAAAGUAUGACAAAAUUUUGUCACAGAUCAAGAUAAGCAAGAUCAAGAUGCUGAGGAAUGUGUGUUUUAUUGGCAGCAAAAAAUGUUUUCAAAGGUAUUUAAACAUGCAAAAUUAUUUGAUAUACUUUGAAAAAUAAAAAUUAAAUAUUGCUACACAUAAAACAUUGUUGGAUGACAAAAUAUGAACAUCGUGAAACCUCCAAAAUUUGCCACAAUAGUUAUGGCAAGUUAAUCCCACAGUAGGGAUUUGCAAUUGCCCAAUUUCAUACCGCAUGAGAGCUUGGCACUACCGCAUUUUCCUAGACUUUUUAAAUUCAGGAUUCAAAAUGACUUGCAAAAUAGAAGGUAAAGCAAAGGUCAUUUCUUGCAGAUGAAACGAUAUUAAGGGCCAGAUUACUCCAGAAAGUUAAUAUUCUAUAGCAAAGAACAGUUGUUUUACUGCUAUAAAGAACUUUGAUUAAAAAUGUCAAGAAGAGAAAGAUCUGAUUGGAGACUUUCGCUACUUGGAAGUAGUGGAAGGAUUCCUGAUUUGUUUGACAAAAAAUUUGAACAAAGAACGGUCGCAUUUAGUUUUUUUUAUGGCACUGGAUCUGACCGAAUAUUGUGGAAUGAUAAGGGAGUGGGUGUACCUGUUUUUACAAACCGUAAAAUAAAGACUACGAAAAAGAGAAACACGCUAGAGUGACCCUGAGUGUAAGGGAAAAAUCGUAAAAGGUAGGCAAGGCUUACGUUAGGUUUUCUCCCCGUUGCUGCGUACAGUCAGACCGGAAAAAAUAAUAUUCGUCACUGAACAUAGAUUUAAGUAAGUAUACUUCAGUCUUACUUUAGAGGCAUUUCUUCAUUCUGUGACCAGACCUCAUGCAUUGAGCAAUGUUAUAAUACACAAGUAAUUUUUCUUAGGGGGAUAAAUUGUGUAUAGUUCCUUUGUGAGGCCCCUGCAUGUGAUACUGUUUUUCCAGUUACAUUGGUAUUGUAGUAAUUUAGUCACUACUCAAGACAUGGUAGUGCCAGACCCCUGCACGGUAUGAAAUUAGGCAAUACCAAGGGAAGAGUAUUCUGUGAAGCUUUUUUUUUUCUCUUGGGCACAACUCUUGUCAGUUGGUUAGGUUGGCUAGAUUUGUUUGUGUUCAACAGCGGAAAAUCAUUUCUGUUUAAUCAAUUUUGUGAACCUGCUCAGAGUAGUCUGUGUCACAGAUGUAAUGCAAGGUUCCUCAGUUAGUAAUGACUGCAAAGCAGCGCUGAUGUCCUUGUUCUGGGCCUCCAAUGGACUCAACAAAUUACCGGAAGAGCAUUUCAAAUUUCCUUUCAUCUUGAUUGGCAAAUUGACAAUGGUAUUUUCAACAGGCUAAUAAUGGCACACGCGUACUCAAAUCCUGGUACACAGGUAGUGGCCGAGAAGAAGGAUUUUGGCAUUGUUUCACAGAUGGACUUAACCAGAGCUUAGUUUUAUCUGCGGCGCAAGCUAGCUCAGAGCUGACUUGAAGCAUUACUGGACUUGAUGUACUUGCAACGUUUGCAUGUUACUGCAGACAUGAGGUUUCACAUUAUUGUGUUUUCCUUUUGUGUGGAAAUUUCUCUUAUCUACCCUGUAUACCCAACCAUGUUGUCAUAAAAAAGUUCUGUCUGUAGGAUUUGCCAAAUUAACCAAAGGUAGUUUGGGUGAAAAAGGUUUCCCCCAAUAAAAUAUUAUAUAAAGUCUUUACUGGAAUUAGUAAGUGAUAGUAGAAGGUGUGGGCCUAGUAAAUGUUUUGGGUUUCAACACAAAUAUUGUUGAUUUUUGCUGUUUCUUAUUUUUACAAAAGAGGGAGAUGGAAUUAUACGAAGAUUUAAAUAAUUGCUUUGGACCACUGGAACAGAAGUACCAUUCUGAGAUAUUAAAGCUAAGGUAAAUACAAAAACAUUAACGUAUUAACAAUAACUCUAGCAGUAACUUUUCAGUUAUAUUUUACUUUAGACCAACAUCAAUUUUCUCCUAACAAUAUCCAUACAUACUCAUGAGAAAAGGUGAUGAGAAUUUAACAGAAUUAUCAUCAAAGGGAAAGUUCUUUGAUCUUCUAUCAACCCAUUUUUAAAGGAAAUGUAUGGAGAUCAGUCUGGAGAAGCUGUAUGUAGAUAUUGGGGCCUUUUUUAACUGAGUCUCUUGCAAUUUGCUAUGACAAUGAUAAGAAUUUUAAAUUAAUUUGUAUCCUCAGAAUAUUCAAUAAAAUAAUAUAGUUGGUUAUUUUACACUGUUUAUAUACUUUUACUCGUAUACUUUCUUAAAGAAAAUCUUUCCAAAUAUUAAACUAUGAUUAUUUCUAAACAAGAGUCGGAUGGGCUAGACGUUUUGAUAGACGGGAUGGCAAUGUUAUUAAAGCUACUGAAUAAUGCUAGGCAUCACUAUUGAUUGCAACUUGACCUUCUCAGGGCACAUCAGCUGUGUGUAAGAAAGCAAGUUCACAGGUUGGAGUACAGAUGCACCUGCAUAAGGUCAUCCCCCAAUUGAGGCUUUACUUUUGGGUUUUUAGUCUAGUUUAGGCAAGGGCCUGAUAUAAUGCCUCUUGCUAGCUAUAUAUGGCCCUACAACUAAGGUUCAUCUCUGGUUUAAAAUUUCUUUACCUAAAACAAAUAAAUAAGAAAACAGACAUGACAUGCAUAUGAGUGUUAGAUGUUUUAAGAUCGAAAAGCAAGAAAAUUAUAAGCAAGUGAAUAUAGGCCCCAAUUCACAGGAAAAAAUAACGGAUUCCCAUUUUUGGAUUUUUAGGGUAUUUAAAGAAUACCUAUAAAAAUCCCAAAUUUGGCAAAGUGAGACAAGUCCCAACCAGGGAAUUCCCAACCAAGUUCCCUGAUUGGGACUUGUCUCACUCUUCCAAAUUUGGGAUUUUUGUGGGUAUUCUUUAAAUACCCUAAAAUAUCCAAAAAUGGGAAUCCGUUAUUUUUUCCUGUGAUUGUUCGAAAGGUUGAAAGCAUAGCGCUUAUACUUUAUACUAGAUAAACCUCUAUCCAGUGGAUAAUACAAUAAGGUCCCUUUACUGAUGCACUGUCGGUUUUAGUGAUUUUUCAGUGUACAGUGCUAUUUUUUAUACACACCUAAAAGUUUUUUUUCAGUUUUGAAAUAUACUAUUUUCCUUUUCAGAACAAAAGGGGGGAGACCAAACAACAAGCUGUUUUCCUACGUUGACUGUGAUAGUUAUGUCAAUGUCGAUGAGGUAGCUCAAUAAUUAUAAUAAUAGUGACAUUAAUAAUAAUGCCCCCAAGUUAUAACCCCAUCUACAGUUUGUAUCAGAAGUUUUAUUCCUUGGUUAUAACUCGUGCCCGCUACUCGUAAGCACCCCAAAUUAUUAUAGACCCAUCUGUAUCUCUAUAUAAUUUCUUUUGGUACAUUCCAGCUACAAGAAAUUAAAGACAGAGUUUUGAAUUUUUUCCAUGGAGUGAAAAUUGAAGUUUGUAUGUGUGAUUAUUAGUUUGCUUCAAAAACUAUUUUUAUUCCCUGACUUGUUAGCUUACAACCAGGCUUUUACUCAUGUCAAUAAAAUAACUGCUAACUAAUUUUCCUCAUUAUUGGCUGGCAGGAAUCCAGGACUCUAACAACAUCACCUUCUGAAAUAUCAAGUUACCUUGCAAAGAACAUGUCAAGUGUAAGGAGGAGAAACAUUACAGCCAAAAUUGAUAGAAGGUUGGUAAAAUUUGCUUCAAGCCUAUCUUAAUUUGACUCUUCAUAGGUUGUUUAUUUUAUAAAAUGAUUCUAACAGCCUGAAAAAGUAUUCAUCACUGAUGGAUGUAUUAAGAUGUCCAUAAACAAUUGUUUAAAUUGGCCAUUGUACCAUUAAAAGGUCAUUCCAAUUUGUUUUGAAACCCUGUUGCUGCCAAAUUGGGAAACAAAAAGACCCUAGGGGUAUGAAAGCUAUAAAAUAAUGAUAAUGAUUGUAGGAUAUCAAUAAUUUUUUAAGAAAGUUUUUUACAUAACAAGGAUGUUUCCAAAUAAAAAUUUAGAAAAAAAAAAUGAUAGAAGGAUGGUAUUCAAGAGAAAUAUUAAUGUUUGGCUACAGAGAGAUGAUCUUUUGUUUUAGACAUCGUCCUGGUGGCUUUGCUCCUCGUGCUGAUCCUGUUGUCAUUCAUGAGUCUGAGACAACCAAGACUGCUGCACAUGUUGUUAAUAUUCCUUACAAGACAAUGCAUGUUAUGGCUGAUUUGACUCCAGAAGAAAAGUUAGUAUUGCUAACAGUACACGUGCCGUUUUAAAUUAAUAUUGAAAUGUAAUUGUCAACUUUUGCCUGGUUCCAGCUAGACUUUCAAAGAUUUCUUCAGCCAAAUAAUAUGGUCUGCGGGAUGAGAACUUUUCAUUCCUAAUUGGUACCAGUUUAAGUGCAAAAAAAAAAAAGAAGAAAAAAACUUAUAGCAAUCAGAUAACUACUUAGCUCUUUGGGACUCUUGGGAAUAAAAUUGUCAAUCACAAGUAAUUAAGCAUAAUAAAAUGUGACUUGGGGUUGAAAUUCCAACAUGGGGUCGGUUGCAAAAGUGAUAAAAGAUGCUCUUCAGGCCAUGGGAUAUUCUGAAUUGUGUGACUAUCUGAGGGAAACAAUCGAAUGCACCUGAAAUCUUAGUUUGUGAUAACUUUAACAUAAAAUAAACAAAUUUGCUCUUUUGAUGUUAGAGAAACUUACAUGCGUUUGACAUUCUUUUGGUCGGGGUGGAAUCUAUACAUUCUGCCAUUAAAGUCAAGGACUUGCAAUCGUAACCUGAGACAGCAAAUGCGAGUCACACCGCUCCCCAAAUGAAUACCCUUCAAGUGAGACAAGUUGACCUUUUCCUGGCUGCAAAAGCCAAAAAAUUUCACUCUGCUCACCCUCAGCUGUGAAAGUGAAACUCGUGAAGUCGACUUGUGACAAGUCUGGGUCCCAGCAAUCAUUAUGCCUAGGGAACUUGAGAUUGUGUAGUUAUAAUCAGCUGGGAUAAGGGAAAGGUGGUUGUUUCAUGCCAAAGAAGGCGGUUUCACUCUUUCAUUGGAGACUUCUUUCUUUCUUGAUGGCCAAAAAUUAAUACAACAAUGUACUAGGAGACUCUGCAGGCAGGGGAGUCCUUAGUACAAAACUAUGAGUGGUCUAAAUAUAGGUGUACUUGUACCCAAAGGUCAUGAUCUUAGUUAUUUAGAUUUUAAUAACUGACCGAGAUUAGUGUUCCUCUUUAUCUUCAAGAGCAACGCAUGAUCAAAAGGAUGAACAUGUUCUGUUUUCUGUCAAGGUAAUUAUGAUUUAUUUCAUUAAGAAUUAGUAUGGCUUGUAUUAUAUCACAGUCAUAAACAGUUACUAAUCUGUGAUCCAUUAGAGAAAUUUUUUUAUUGAUCUGUCCUUUUUUGCCUUUUGUGCAGAUUGAUGUGAAUGGCCAAAUUUUUGUCAAACCUGAUUUUAAUGGAGAAAACCCACCAUAUCGCAUAGAGACCUGCAAUGAUCUAAGAGGUGGGUAUAAUUUGCAAUUCUGUUGGUGAAAUAUUAAUAGGACUUGCUCAUUAUUUUAUUUAGCUUAUCCUCGUGUGUUCUGUCUAAGGUUUUCUUUUUGUGGAUAUUUUCAGUUGAUUGUCUGUGUUUACCCCCUCCUCAAUGGUACUUGUUUCCAAUGUACUUUACUUAGACCUUCACAAAUCUGGCCAUAGCCUUAGAUCAGUGUAAAAAAGAAUUCAAUAUGGCUUAAAAUAUUCUGCUUCAAGGUUUUUGUCCACUGAAAAUAAAAAUUACUCAUUUUCCUAAUGGAUUCCAUCUUAACAUCAUAAAUUGAUCCUAUUAAAGAUUUUAAACUUUUAUUUAUCUUAGUUAUUUUUAUUUUAACUUUCAACAUAAUUUUUAACGUUAUUUUUUGGUGUGGAACCGAGUAACUGACCACAGUCCUAGGUAUCUGUAGGAAGAGGGUUUUUGUCUUUUUGAUAUGAGCGUUAGUACAAAAUAAUGCACUUAUUUGAGUGGGGCAGGGAUGUUCAUUUAAACAAUUGUGGAAUUAUUCUUGAUUUUAAUUUUUUUUUUCAGAGGUUUAUGAGUAUACAAUUGAGCAAUGUUCUCCACAAAUGACAAGGUAUGAGAACUUUGAUAAACUUUAUCAACUUUUUUCAGUAUAAUUUCUGUAUCACCAAGUUGGUUUGUUGACAUUCAAAGUUACAGUUAUUCACAGAUUUCUCAAAAGUUUGUUUAAUACAAUUAUUGUAAAUUUCAGUGAUCAAAGAGAACAAGAAUAUAAAAGCUUUAGUGAGGUAUGACUUGUUGUUUAUUGCCAUUUCCCUAAUUUAUAGUAAAAUUUAUCCACUGCUCUGUCAUUCUACAUAGUUCCAACAUCUGUGAUCCUUUUGGCCAAUGACUCAGAUUGAGAGGGCUCUGGUUUUUUCGACUAGGGUGACACCCAUGCAGGCACAAUAGCUGCCUACUAUUAUUGAAACUAUCAUAAACUGUGAUUAUUUGAGUUUCACAUUUUCUGACAUGUUAUACUGGUAUUCAAAGUCCAGAACUCCGUAAUGUGUUGACUUCCCAUUUUGAAUUUAAUGCCCAGAGCUCUUGAUUGGAGGUGUUUGCCCAUAGGAUGGCAGCUAUAGAGACAAGAAAGAUACUCUGUUUGUUGAAAAAAACAAUAAGUAAAUAAAAUGGCAACACUGCUAGCAUUGAGAUAUAUCUUAUUUGCACAUCUUUUUGUCUCCACAGUUAUACAACAGACAUGCCUUGUACUUGGCUUCACAAGUUGGUUCGGGGUUUGAUCCUAUGGUAGGUUUAGCGAAUCAGUUGUGGUAUUAAGUCUUAUCAAGUUUUAAACAAAACCAAUCAGCAGGACCCCCUAGUAAAUGGCAUUAUUACUUACCCGUACAUAUCCAUCCCUUCCACCGCCCCCUCCCUCAAGUCCUUGAAAAAUUCCUCUGUCAAUCCACCAAUCCACACAUUCUAGGACCAUGGUGUUAUGACACAGUUACUAUGAGAGACUCUUGAGUACUCUGACUCUCUUAAUUUCUGUUUGUUCUCAGUAUGAGGAGUAUGAAUGACUGUUCUCUGUACUGUUAGUAAUAACUUUCAAAUUUAAGGCAAGCAUUGCUCUAAGAUCUGAUUGAGAUUUAUAUUAUUUUUUAAUUGCUUGAUUCAUAAUUAAUCUUAAAGUUGUACUAAAAUGUAAUGUUUUGCAUCCUUGAUUUUAGCCAGAGCCUGGAGUUCUAAGGAUGAAUAUAUUUGGCGAAAUUGGUGAAUAUUAUCUUGAUGUUGUUAUGAUCAUGAACUGCACAAUGCAGUUGUAGUUUUUUUAAUGAUCUGUUGCAGAAAUAUGUGCAGAUUUUUGUGCCUCAAGUAACACUACACACAGCAAGAUUGGUCUGAUUGUUAUGGUGGCUUGUAGGAACAAAACACUUCCCAGAAUCCAAAACACUUCCCAGAAUCCAAAACACGUCCCAGAUUCCAAAAACACUUCCCAGAGUCCAUAAACACUUCCCAGAAUCCAAAACACGUGCCAAAAGCAUAUCCAAGAAUCCAAAAUAUUUCUGUUAUAGAUUGUUUUGUAUUUCAUAGAGACAGGAUGAUGUUAUCUUUUUACUGCGAGAAUAAUUAUCUGGAGGAUACUGUCUUCUUGGUGUAGCCACCACUAAGUGCAGUCUAUUAUAAAGUUGAUUGUUAUCUUUUAAGAUAACAUUAAGUUCUAGGAAGUACAGCUAUCUGUCAGCUUUAAAGACUUGCACAUUCAGAAAAACUCAUUGAACUUAGUAAUAUUGUUUUUUUCUUCAUAGUUUCUGCCAGAGGAUUUGAAUAUGAUGGUCUCUAUGUUCAUUUUUUCCUUGAUCUGCCCUCAAGUAAGUCACCUAUAAUCUCAUCUUGUGUAGUUAAAUGCUUUAUCACAGUGUUUGCAAUAUUACUUUAAUUUAGUUGUUUACACAUUGCUUUUUAGCGUGGAGAUCUGUUGAUGACCCAGUAUUAUCUGGAGUAACGCAAACUUGUGUCACAAAGCUGGAAGAAGAGGUAUACAAUUUUUUUUCUUUCUUUUUGGUAUAAUUUGAGCUCUGGAAUCAACCAUUUUCAAAUACAGGAUGAGUAACAGUUAUUUUGUUUCAAAUAGAUUAGUAAAUAAAUACACAAACAAACUUUAUACAUGUACCCCUUGGCCUGUCAUGAAGGCUAGUUGUUUUUGUGUUUUAUGGCCCUGGACAAAAUUGAAGUCAUUAAAAAUGCAAAAAAAAAAAAACAUUAAAGCAAAACAAAACUACAACAAUCAACAAUCGCAAAACAAACAAACAAAAACACAGGGCCAAUACCCUGCCAUCUUGACGGAAGAAACUCGGUCAAAAAAGCAUUUAUUAUGUAUGUAGCCAAACCAAAAUUUCUUCUUGUGAGAUCAAAGCAGAAUUUCUUUUAGUGGGCAAGAUAGACAUACACAUCAAUUGACAGGUUGGCUAUUCACCACUUUAGAAAUGAGAACCUGGAAACUGGGGCGAGUUAGCUUUCACAAAGACUCAUGGGAUUGUUACUGGGGACUCGCCAGUCAGCAGACAGCCUAUUGGCCAAUUUGUUUUCCCUGUCCCUAGUAACAGUGUAACAGUCCAGAAGUCUUUGCAAAAAUUAACUCUACCUACAGGAUUCCCAUAGGCCUUGAAAAAUAAGGACUCAAAAAAGUAUCAUGCCCUUGAAAAUUGAAAAAUUGUGGGAUAUCCUUGAAAAGUCCUUGAAUUUUCCACAGAAGUUCUUGAAUAUUUGUGAAAGCUCCUUGUACAAAAAAAAAGUGUUAAAAAAAAGUGUUUUGGGCAAAAGGAAAGAUUGAAAGCACAGCAGUAAGCAAAUUUUCCUGGUGAUCAUGAAAGUGUGUUUUAUGAUUUCAAUGUUCCCACCAUAGUAUAUUUUCCGUUAUUUGAAGUACCCUCAUGGGAGAAGGUAUUGCAAUAAUCUGUCUAUGUCAAAUUACGGGAAGAGAGGUCCUUGAAAAAUUAUUUUAGUCCUUGAAAAGUGCUGAAAAGUCCUUGAUUUUUCCCCCAAAAGUCUGUAUGAACCAUAUACCAAGCUUGCUUCCUGAAUUCCCAAGUGCUAGUACCAAGGAGUUAAAGACAGUGAAAGGAUGAACAUCACCUGUUGGGAAAUUUUGAUUGACAUUAGAAAUAACUGAUUUGUUGACCAAUUCUAGGUGAAUGUUGCCCAUUUCUGUUACCCUUUUGAGUUUUCAUUGGUUUACCAAGAAGAUGACGAACCUGCUGGUAAGUUCUACUUCUCGAAUACUAUGAUAGAGUUGCCAAAAGUGCAGCAGAAUCACAGCAGUUAUACUGUUGAUAAGAACUUUUUUAAAAACCUGGAUUCAGUUUUUGGAGCUUUAACUUGCAAUUAUUCCUUGUACUACUUAAAGUGCUGGACUUAAAUCAGUACUUUCAAUAUCUGUGUAUAAAACAGCAGGUAUGCCAGCAACAAUUUAUUAUGUUGAUUUAUUGCAGAUGACUUUAUUCACUGGCCCACUCUGUUUAUUGAAGUAUUAUCACUGGACAGCUGGGAGAGAUUCAGAACUGAAGGAUACACAUACCUUACCAUACCCAGUAAAGCUGGUGAGCAGGGUGUUAGACUUACAUGGUCACAUGAUGUGCCUUGCCAGACUUCUUAGUCACUUGUGAAUUCUUAUAUUAUCUUAUCUGGGGAUGUUACACAAAAUUUAGUUAAUAAUUGAGGAACAAUAGGGCAAAGGGGAAUAGAGGUGAAUCUUCUUGUGUCCUAUUUAACCCCUCCCUACGUACUCUUUGCCCUCAUUUCCAGCAACCUGCAUUGAAGACCUUUGACCCUCCCCAGGCUUAUAAUAGCCUUAGAGAAAUCUGUGGAAGAAGCAAGUCAGAUGACCAGUAUAACAAGACUAGUGUCAGUUAUUAGUGAGACUGCAAUACAGUGUAAUUAAGAUUCCCUUCAAUCUUCCUACAGUAAGGAUGGUUGUUAGACGACAUAGUCACUCAUUUUCUUCCUUCUGUCAAUAGAAUUGCGUGGAUGGUUUCAUUUCCUCUUGAAUUUUCCAGGCUGGGAUAACCUCUUUUAAUUACAGUGGAACCACGUUAAUAAGGUUACCAAUUUGGCCUUAUUAACGAGGGUUUUUUACGAGAAAAUGUAUGGCGGUUUUUGCUAGGCGGCCAAAAAAAGUGGCCGUAAUAACGAGGUGACCGUAUUACCGAGGUGGCCACAAGGCGAGGUUUCACUGUAGUUUGCCUAUUUAAUUCCUGUAAAUUGCGUGCAAAGGAUAGGUUAAAAUAAAGUACACGUAAUGAUGUCAAUUAUAGUUUAACUUAUUUUCUGACUGUAACAUUAAUGGUAUUAUCUUUUUAUAAUUAUUUUUUCUCCAUUCAGGUAGCUAUACUCUUGAAGCUGAUACUUGGAGACCAAUCGGAAAUGGUCCAAUUCCUGAGAUGAGAAGAUUUUUUAUUGGUGGUUCACCUGAACUAGAAGAUCCUACAUAUCCACAAAAACCAGCUAUGACUGAUGUAAGUGAGAUAUUAUACAGUGUUCUUUGUAAGGUAUAAAGAAGUUACUUACUGUGAGUGGGAAGGAAUAACUGCACUUUAGAAAUCGUAAACUCAUAACUCACUCUUAACUAAGGCUGUAACAAUACAUUGAACUAUCGAUUAGUCAGGGGCGGAUCUAGGGGGAGGGUGCAGGGGGUGCGCACCCCCCCCCUAUCCCUGAGAUGACCUGCGGUUUUCUAAUACAACUGGUAUUCUGCAAAAAAAUAAAAAAAAACUAUGUGGUUUAUUGGUGUUGAAGUAGAGCAAGAGACGAGUGCACCCCCUCCUAAAAAAAAUCCCGGAUCCGUCCCUGUUAGUCGUGAUAUUAAUGCUGCGAUAGCGAUGGAUCGAUAGCAAAAAUGAAACAUCAAUAACAAUCGCGAUAGUAUUGCGAACUAUUGAUAGUUUCGAUAGUUUUUAUACUUCUAACAUUUUAACUUCUUUGGAAAAUAAGGAAACUCUUCCUUACCGUAAAAAAGAAACUAAAAACAAUCUACCGUCCUGCUGCACCUAAAAUGUUUUAGCGUCUUUAUUCUUGAACUGCAUAGUGCCUGUAUAGUAUGACUACCACUUCUCAGUUAUUUCUUAAAGUAUAAGGCAUUAAGUAAAAACAGAUAUUCCUGAAGAGUAUCGCAAUACUAUUGCAAUAGUACCUCCACUACUCAUAUUGUGGGGAGAAAAUUAUGUUGGUCAUUAUUUUUUUGAGGUGGAAAAGGGAGGGGUAUUGUUUGAAGCAGUUAGUCCCUGAUUUAGAUCACAAAAUGUCUCACGAAUCCAUCUGAUGUAUGUUGAUAUCCCAGAAACUAGUGAAUGGGGGAAAAUCAUUUGUUUGAGGAUUCUCAUGCUUUAUAACUGAUGGUCAAACAGCUCUUGUCUCAAAAAAUCUCAAAAUUAUGGAAACUUAUUAUAUAGUCAUCUCCAAAUCAGAUGUGCAAUAAAUUACCUCUGCAGGUAUUAUUUCAUGCCAAAGUUCAAUAUUAUUGUGUUGAAAGAGUGUACAAAUACUGGUGGUCAGGACUUGAAAAAAAGUCCUGUCCUGUAGUAACAAGUAUAUUUUCUUGCUAGGCAAGUAAAUUGUAACGCUUACUUGCCCAGUGGGCAAAGGUCCAGGUACUCAUCCUCUAAUAAAACUAUUAAUUUAGACGAGUGAGAAGUGGCCCCGGGAAGCAAAAAAUGUGAGAGCUGUUUGCCUAAAAGACGAGCUGGAAUUCAAGUUUUAUUUGAGCCGUAGGUAGUCUGUUAAUUUUGUCCCUUUUAUUGGUAGGACAAAGUUUUGAGCAAAUAUUUCUUCAGGACAGCUGCCUCUGGGAGUGUCACAGUUAAACUACAUAUUAUGCAGCAAUGCCAGUAUGUAUUACAUAUAGUCGAUCAGAACUGAGAGGAAUUAGUGUUAUAAACCACUUUAAGAGAUCAAUUUAGACACGUCUUAUUAAACAAGCGUUUUAUUAGUGUACUUAAUAUUUCAUUUUUACGGAUGGAAGGUUAGUUUAUUGCUACGGAUGGGAGGUUAGUUUAUUGCUGUUAGCUUAUUUAUACGUUUGCAACACGCAUUUGAAAACGUCAUUUGAAAUAUGAAUAUUAUAUGAAUAUUAUCAUAGGGAUUAUGUUUAAGGAUAUGGCUAAUCUUAUGUCUGAGUCUUUACUCUUCUGCGAAAAAUGUUUUAUAUUCAAAAUGUAGAGUUGUUUAGGAACAUUGUAGGUUUGUUAAUUUGUAGUGUCUUUUAAUUGCUGCAUUCUUUAAGUUAAGUCACAAUCCCUGAAAUUGCUAAUUUUUGUUCAGUAACAAUAAUUUUAUGAAAACUGUGGAAAUGAUCCUUGCAGUUGAAUAAGGAACCUGCGCGAUUGAAAAAGAACCUGAAAAAAUUCAGGCUUUACCGGGAAUAUUAAUGUUAAUGUUCUAAACACUUAGAGAACCAUAUUACUUUCAGUUCAAAAAGUACUGGAAUUAAUUAGCAAACUUACGUCCAUAUUUAUUUAUGCCUUUCCUAGCCUUUUGUUCUUUAUAUUACUCAAGCUGAGUGUGUUUUCAUCUUUUAAUCUCUAAAGAUCUUUUGUGGAGGUAACAAAGAAACCUCGCCGGACAAGAACUAUAUUGGACAGACUAGGGUAGGUCAUCGUAACAGUUUGCUUCCCUCUUUUGUCCCUUUUUGUCCCCAAACUUCCAGAGCUGAUGCCAUAUUUACCUGGAUGUGUCACUUCAGUUUUUUGCCCGAUCAACUUCUAACAAAGGUCUAACUCAUGUGUUUCGCCGAUUCUGAAUCCCUACACGGGAUUAGAACAAUUUACAUGUAUUGUACAUGCCUGAUCUAACUGCUUUGAAGCCAAGAAAGUCAGCUUUUCUUUUAAUUCUAAUCAUAUCAACAUCUCAAGAAAAAGCACUACUUUACAAGGAUAAAUAACCAUAUCAGUAACUCUAACAGUAAGAACAAUAGGUAUCUUAACGGGAGCUUAACCACAGCGACGGACACAACUACAACGUCAAAAAACAAUUGGUUUUAUGAGCAAAACAACAGCUCUGCAUGUGCAUCACGUUUUUUUGUACCUUUCUUUGCCGUCCAUUGCACGACUACGACUUGAAACCUUCCAAAGUGACGUUUUAUAAGGGACGUGAGAAUACGAUGACGAUUUUUUCCUUUCUUCUUUAGCAUGUGAACAGGCUCUCUGUUUGGGAAAAAAAUAGCGACCAAAGGCCUGUUCACAGGCUAUUCUUCUUUUGAACCUGGAUAAAGUCCUUAAUUAAGAAUUAAACUCCAGGAAAAAAUGGCCUACAUUUGACUAAUAGAGCUGAGCAGGUCCAAAUAGACGCGACAGAAUUUGAAAGGGACGCAAAUUCUUAUUUUUUAUUUCAUUGUCGUCAUUGCUUAAGCUCCCUUCAGCAACCACAACGACGACGAAAUAAUGCCAAUGUAAAAACAACGGAUGUUUGGAUUUUUCCUUUAAAGAAGCCGACAAAACUUGGUGCCUUCGGCCAAAUUUUUUAAAGGUGCCAACAGAAAAUGGACCCUUCGGAUUUCAUUUUUCAAAGGGCGCCGACAAAAAUUUAAGGGUUCGGAUUCCUGUCAUCUUUAGGCGGGUUGCGGAUAAAAAAUGAAACGUUCCUAAUUGUCUUUGUUUGUUUUUUCUUCAGAGGAAUGAAUGCCUUAGACUCUCUGGCGCAGGUCUUAGGUAGGUGAUCAUUUAACAGCAGGAGCUGAUUUACAGCUUGUUGGUUCUAAUCUGUAACUUACCAUUUUUUCAUUAUUGGUUUCUCUUCACCAGAUGCAUUUCAGCGAGCCAAAAGAAGAAUGUUGGCUGCAAGAGAGGGGCUUCCAUCUAUAAAGUGA